AUGACCGAUAAAAGUGGAGUUGGCGUGACAGUCAUUAGUCACGACAGUGAGAGUAGAACACAUGUUAAGGGAUGUGAAGAUCCAGGGUGUUACUCACGUGACAUUCAUUACACAGGAGCGAGUGUAUCUCAGCUGGCGAGUCUCACCAGAGUCUCUUCACAAUGUGAGCAGGUUAUCAAGUACGAGUGUUAUCGAUCUGGUUUGUGGCUUUUCAUUCCAACUGGGUGGUGGGUGUCACGUGAUUCUGCUAAGAUGACACACUGGGGUGGAGCGUCACCAGGCAGUGGUAAGUGCGCAUGCGGGAUGACAAACUCAUGUGCAGACUCCAGUUAUGGUUGUAACUGUGAUAAGAAUGACAAUGUAUGGCGUGAAGACAGCGGUCUCCUCACUGACAAGACAAAGCUUCCAGUCAAACAACUCAGGUUUGGUGAUGUGGGUGGUGGCGAGGAAGGUUACCACACUCUGGGGAAACUGAAAUGCUUUGGCAUUGCAUGA